AGUAAGAAGGGGGCAUUCAAAACAAAACAACAGAAGGCACUAAAAAUGGAGGUAUCAGCCCCACCCGGUGUUCUACGCUCACCGUCUUCACUCUCAUCUCCGCCGCUAAAAUCCGGACUCCUCACCUUCUCCACUUCCCGGCGGGCACAUCUCCCACGCAAGCAGCAGCACCACUUGAAUCUCAGACACAUGGACUCUUCUCACUCUCACAGAAUCAUCACUCCCUGUGCGGCCAACAAUGGCUACUCCACUCUCACCGAUUCCCCUACUGCCUCUGGGGCGAGAAUUGGGGAGGUUAAGAGAGAGACCAAGGAGACCAAUGUAUCGGUCAAGAUAAACCUUGACGGCACUGGAAUUGCUGAUUCCAAUACUGGGAUUCCUUUCCUUGAUCAUAUGUUGGAUCAACUGGCGUCGCAUGGGUUGUUGGACGUGCAUGUGAGGGCUACCGGUGACAUCCACAUUGAUGAUCAUCACACGAAUGAAGAUGUCGCUCUUGCUAUUGGAACGGCUUUGCUUCAAGCGCUUGGUGAUAGAAAAGGAAUCAACAGGUUUGGUGACUUCUCUGCUCCUCUUGAUGAAGCUUGGAUUCAUGUCUCACUGGAUUUAUCUGGCCGACCACAUUUGGGAUAUGAUCUACAGAUACCCACCCAGAGAGUUGGUACCUAUGACACUCAGUUGGUGGAACAUUUUUUCCAGUCUUUGGUGAAUACUUCUGGUAUGACGCUUCAUAUUCGGCAGCUUUCUGGAAGGAAUUCUCACCAUAUUAUUGAGGCAACCUUCAAAGCAUUUGCAAGGGCUCUUCGACAAGCACUAGAAUGUGAUCCACGUCGCCUUGGGAGCAUUCCAAGCUCGAAAGGUGUCCUGUCACGUUCUUGAAGCACAUGAUAAUGAGAUGCAGAUGGAUUAUUUCUGAUAAGUUUCUAAAUAAUCUUUGGUCAUAGCUCCGCCAUGUUAGGACAAGUCAAGUUUGGACCAGAUCUGCGGGCUUGUAGUGGUUCCAGAGAUGCCAAAUUGAAAACACAUGUGAGCAUUGCUAACAUGGCUGAUAGGACUAAACCCUAAUACAGUGUAUUGUAUAUGUAACAUUAAAAUUCAGCAAUAAGUUAUUCGCGGUUUGAUGGUGCAAAUGGUUUUUCACUUCCUCUUGAAUGAAAAGUUUUCUUUGGCUA